GGAAUUACGUGCUUGGAUUCAGAUCUCUGCAGAAUAGCAGAAGUUCUAUUCCUGUUAUAUACCAUUACUCAGUCUCUCGCUCUCUCUCUCUCUCUCUCUCGGGUUCAACUCCCCACAAGCACACUAAAAACACACACAGUCGAUGAACAAUUGACUGACAACACAUUGAGUCACACAGACCUACAGCUUAUGUGGAAGGACCGGUGGGUGGAGAGAGGCUGGAAGUUCUGAAGAAUUUAAUCAGAUGUAUGGGUCACUUCUGUAAUUGCCAUUUUUACAGAACAUGUACUGGACACAUCAAGACUGAUGUGAUCUACACUGAAGACAAAGGAAACACAGCUGACUGGAAAAGAAGAAACUUCAAGUAUGUGCCUGAACAGUGCUGAAAAGAAGAAGUAGCAAAAGUUUCAAAUGGAGUUUUUACGUCAGAAUUUCUGGACAAUAUUACUGCUGGCCAUCAUUCUGGUAUCUCUGGUGAUAGUAAUGAUUUUCAUAUUCAUCAAUGUUUGCAUCAGUAAAAGAGCUGCUUGGUACAGUACAAAAGUAAAACCAAAUCAUUACGGUGACACAAAUUUAAAACACCAGAACUACCAAGUUCAUCAUAAAGACUUUGAGAUUGAGAAACCGCCCUUACCUCCCAGAGAUCAGUUCAAGUCCAUGGAAUCUGUGGAUCAGGGUUAUGAGGAUUUGGAGCCUGCGUCAGACUAUGUGCAGGUUGAGGAUGAGUUGAACCUUCCUGCCCCCCCACAGCCCACCUUCACUCCACACUACUCCACCGUCGAGACUAAAAGUCAAAACCAAGAUGCUGUUUCUGAGAAUUAUGACGAUGUUGAAAUCCCUGUUAACUAUGACAGCGAGGAUUAUGACGACAUAGGGUAAAAGACACAAAAUCAACGACUUUCCCUUCAGCUGGACACAUGAACGGACCCUGAUAUCAACUGUAUGUUUCCUUCAAGCUACUAUUGUACAUUAUUUGAGCAAAAACAAGCUCUAAUAGCAUAUAAACUACAGGUGUGUUUACUUUCACUUAUCUAAACUGAUCUUUCACUUCCCAUUGUUAGAAAUGAAAUACAUCUUUCAAAACGUC